AUGAUCAGCUCGGUGUGUGUCUCCUCCUACCGCGGGCGCAAGUCGGGGAACAAGCCUCCGUCCAAAACAUGUCUGAAGGAGGAGAUGGCCAAGGGCGAGGCGUCGGAGAAGAUCAUCAUCAACGUGGGCGGCACGCGACAUGAGACCUACCGCAGCACCCUGCGCACUCUACCGGGCACCCGCCUUGCCUGGCUGGCGGAUCCCGACGGCGGGGGUCGGCAGGAGUCGGAUGGCGGCGGUGCAGGCAGCAGCGGCAGCAGCGGUGGCGGGGGCUGUGAGUUCUUCUUUGAUCGGCACCCGGGUGUUUUUGCCUAUGUGCUCAACUACUACCGUACCGGUAAGCUGCACUGCCCCGCCGACGUCUGUGGGCCUCUCUUCGAGGAAGAGCUCACCUUCUGGGGUAUUGAUGAAACUGAUGUGGAGCCUUGCUGCUGGAUGACCUAUAGGCAGCACCGCGAUGCUGAAGAGGCACUGGACAUCUUCGAGAGCCCGGACGGGGGCGGGGGUGGCGCAGGGCCCAGCGAUGAGGCUGGCGACGAUGAGCGGGAGUUGGCCUUGCAGCGUCUGGGCCCCCAUGAGGGAGGCGCGGGCUCUGGUGCUGGAUCCGGGGGCUGCCGUGGCUGGCAGCCCCGAAUGUGGGCGCUCUUCGAGGAUCCCUACUCAUCCCGGGCAGCCAGGGUGGUAGCCUUUGCCUCUCUCUUCUUCAUCUUGGUCUCCAUUACCACCUUCUGCCUGGAGACCCACGAGGCCUUCAACAUCGACCGCAACGUGACAGAGAUCCACCGGGUAGGGAACAUCACCAGCGUGCGCUUCCGGCGGGAGGUAGAAACAGAGCCCAUCCUCACCUACAUCGAGGGUGUGUGCGUGAUGUGGUUCACUCUAGAGUUCCUGGUUCGCAUUGUGUGCUGCCCAGACACACUGGACUUUGUCAAGAACCUGCUCAACAUCAUCGACUUUGUGGCCAUCUUGCCCUUCUACCUGGAGGUGGGACUGAGUGGCCUGUCAUCCAAGGCGGCUCGGGAUGUGCUGGGGUUCCUGCGCGUGGUGCGCUUUGUACGCAUCCUGCGCAUCUUCAAGCUCACGCGCCACUUUGUGGGGCUGCGCGUGCUGGGCCACACGCUCCGAGCCAGCACCAACGAGUUCCUGCUGCUUAUCAUCUUCCUGGCCCUGGGGGUGCUCAUCUUUGCCACCAUGAUCUACUACGCUGAACGAAUCGGGGCCAGGCCAUCUGACCCACGGGGCAACGACCACACCGACUUCAAGAACAUCCCCAUUGGCUUCUGGUGGGCCGUGGUCACCAUGACAACACUUGGCUAUGGGGACAUGUACCCGAAGACGUGGUCAGGGAUGCUGGUUGGGGCCCUGUGUGCACUGGCUGGUGUGCUGACCAUUGCCAUGCCGGUGCCUGUCAUCGUCAACAAUUUUGGUAUGUACUACUCCCUGGCCAUGGCCAAGCAGAAGCUGCCCAAGAAGCGAAAGAAGCACGUACCGCGGCCAGCCCAGCUUGAGUCACCCAUGUACUGCAAGUCUGAGGAAACUUCGCCCCGGGACAGCACCUACAGUGACACCAGCCCCCCUGCCCGGGAAGAGGGUAUGGUUGAGAGGAAACGGGCAGACUCUAAGCAGAAUGGUGACGCAAACGCGGUGCUGUCUGAUGAGGAGGGAGCUGGUCUCACCCAGCCCCUGGCCUCGGCCCCCACCCCUGAAGAGCGUCGGGCCCUGCGACGCUCAGGCACACGAGACAGAAACAAGAAAGCAGCUGCCUGCUUCCUGCUCAGUGCUGGGGACUAUGCCUGUGCCGAUGGCAGUGUCCGAAAAGGCUGCGAAAAGUCCCGGAGUCUAAACAACAUAGCAGGAGCGGCUGGAACCAGUCUGGGGCUGUCUCCACUGGCAUCGCGGUACAGCUCGCCCUAUCCUCCGAGAAAGCUCCUGCUCUCGCACCCCUUCCACCCUCUCACCAGCCCCCCACCUGGUCACUCAGGUCCUUAGCUAUACCACGGCCUUCCUCGGCUCUGACACUGGGACACAUAUCCAAGCAGGCAUGUUUACAUGCCAUCCCAACCCUUUUAUCCCUCCUGAGGUCUGAGAAAACAGCAGAAGGGAACUUCAGUCAGGAUGGAGAAUUCGAGUCCCUGAGCCUGCCCUGCACGGCACUUGGCUCCCCCAAACAGUCAGCCAUGGAACCUGAAUGCAAGGGGGAGAUACUGCCAGCUUCUCCCUGAACCAUAGGUGCUGGCACACUCAGGACCUGUGUCUCUGGGUUUUGCCUUCAGCUCAGGAUCCUUGUAGGCCAGGGUGUGCGUGGUACGCAGAGUGUCUGGAACGGCUCAAUCUUGCCUGCAAGUCAAACCUACAUUUAGAUUUUAAUCACAGAAAUUUAAUUUGCAUUCCUUAUGGCCUUUAACCAGUAACCAGCUUGUCUGUCUGUCUGUCUAUCCACCCCACACCAAGAUCAGCAGGUAACAAGGCUGUCUCAUGGGGCAUCUCUGCUGGUGAAAAGGACGUUUGGCUCCUUGGACCAGCAGCACCUGUCGACAGAGCUGCCCUGGGAGUGGGACCCGGUGUUUCCCAGCUGGGCCUUGGGGUACAGAUGGGAGUUCCUAGAACCCAAGCCCCAGGCUUGGUGCAAGCCCUGGUGUGGCAGGGUGUGUAAGUGCAGGGAGGCCCUCCUCCCCGAAGCCCGUGCCCAGAUUCAGCGGGUGACACCCAGCAUCCCAUCUGUGCCCUGCGCUGCAGCAUCUCCACACUGCUUCCUCUGCUUCAGCGACAGUUUGCUCCCUCUCUCCGGCUCCCUCCCAUUCCCAGCCCUGCCUCUGAGUCACCUGCCACUCCCACCCAGCCUCUGCUCUGUAUUCCUGCCAGAACCGGAGACUCAUCUAAUUUCUAUAAUUAAGUGUAUUCAUUUACCUAACGAGCCCGGGAGCACAACAGGUUUGUGAGUCAUUGGGUGAGCAGGGGUACACCUUGCACAGAGACAGCUGAGGGGAAGUGAGGAGACGGGAGCUCCUACCCACACCUGCCACCUGGCCCCUCCUGCUCCCAAUAAGCCCCUCCCUCAGCCCAGGGCUAAAGGACAAAAGCCUCUACCAAGCCUCCCUGCUUCACCUGAUGGGAAUUGACCUGACAGCAGAGCCACGUGCUUGGCUAUCUUAGAGUCUGCUUAUGCAACUUUGAAAAGGGCGUGGCUAAGGAAGGUCCAUAUCUGCUCCCUACAGGGUAAUAAAGGGACCUGGUGAGACAACUUGAGGGACCUGGCAGGAAACUGGAAAGCCAGGGGGCGGUCAUCACAGAAGGUGGUCCAGGCAUAAAUGUAAAUCGUUUCCAGAGGUUGGAGCUUUGCAAAGCCUGUGACAGGCACUGUCGCAUGAGCAAGCACUGGCUGACCUUCGGAAGUUCUGCUAGAUCAGGCCCUGGCACACUCGGUUCAGCCGUGCUCUACAGGGUCUGCAGCUACUGGCUCUCAGAAGGGGGUGUUUUCUGAGAGGUAAGAUGAGGAGAUACUGGGAAGCAGGCUGAGUCUGAAUCGAGCCUCCUUGUGGUAGAUUGGGCCCCACCCAGCGUGUCUCCUGGCAUCAGGAGACUGUGGUCUGACAGGAGGAGCCAGGUGUCCAGUUUAGUACGGGUACCACAGCGCUAUUUUCUCUGGCUUGCCGUUCUGGUUUGGGGAACCGAGGCAGCUAUUUCUGUGGCAACCCUCAAGCUGUUCGGAACCCAGGUUUCCACGGCACCCACCGCCUCCUCCCUUCUUCCCUCCUACAAGGAUGGGCAUGCUUACAGCACCCCUGUGGGGGGCCCAGAUGUCCCUGGGAGACACAGUGCAUCUGCCAGGUUGAAGCCCCUAGCAUUUGUUUGGAGAGAUGGGCUCCUAUACCCACCCCUAAUCUCCUGGCUCCAAAGGGAAGAGGCAGGGCCCAGUUGGUGGAAGAACUAGGUGAGUUAUUUGUCCUCAGCUACCUCUUAGGACUUUUGUGUUUGCCCAGGGUCCCAGGAAAGAAAAAAAAAUCUGUUAUGGCAGUUGCCUAUACAAGCCUCAGAUCCAUCCAGGUGUUGAAUGUCCUUCACAAGGAGAAAGGUUUAUCUCACGGAGACACCCCCAGAAGGCCAUGUUGAACCAAAAACGUGCGUUAGCUUGUUUUUGCAUUGGACUUGGAAUUGGACCUGUUGCUUUUGCUUUUAGAACAUGUCCCUGUAGCUGGGGUCUGGGGCCCUGCUUAAAGAACAAGCAGGCAGCCUAGGAGCAAACUCAGAGCCUUACCUUUCAGACUGUGCCAGACAGAGCCGGUUGGGGCCACAGUCUUAUGGAGAUGGUAACGGGUCAUGCUGAAAUGAGAAUAUAUAUAUAUGCAUAUUCUAUAUAUACUAUAUACAUACAUAUACAAACAUAUGUAUAUAUAUAUUAAAAAGCCUUUAACAUGUCAGGGAACCCUAGUGUAGAAGCGGUGAGGCUUGGAUGCCAAAUGACAAACUAAAUAGCUGUACUAAUCAGCCUUGGGGUUGAAACUUCACCACACUGUUAGCUCAGCCUCUCUAGCUGUCUAGCCAGUACUGCUGCUGGGAGAUAGGGAAGAAGACCCAAGCCUCAGAUAUCUGAAGCUGAUGCCAUGUGCCAGCCUGCUCUCCCGAGGCAAUGUGCCUUCCAUACCCACGCCCCAGGACUCUGCCUAUCACUUUGAGGUCCAGGGGCUGGGUGUGACGUGUCUUCCCACUCUAGAGCCGUCUUCACUGGCUCCUUGGGACAGUGGGGUUGUCCAUGGUGGUGAGGGCAGAUGGGGGGCUAUUUGGGGGAGAGCACAAGGAGAGCAGAGGGCAGUUGGAGUGAGGGGCCGUGAGCCAUAGUCUACAGCAGGGAUUUUCACCGCUGCCUCCCUGCUGGGCUCUGUGGAUCUGCUAUGGUUCCUCUCCCUGCCGCAGUAGAACUCCAAAGACCUGAAAGGCUAGUAGUUCUUGCAAAUGGCUACCUGAGUUUCAGCGGCACCCGAGUCUCCUCGGCCUGGGGGUGGGUUGGCAGAGGAGAGAUGAAGGUUUCACCCCACUUGCUGUACCACCCCGGUUCUUCCUUGCCUCGUAGCCCUGGGUCCCCUAUGCCUUCCAGCUCUGCUCUUGGCUGUUCCUUAGCCCACAGCCCGUGGGUCAGCAGCUGGCUGGCUUCCUUCUAACAUCUCACUCUUUGUUUCUCCCUUUCUUUUGCUGAACUCUUGACCCCCCCCCAGAAGGCAAUGUUGAACUGAAAGCGUGCGUCCCAGUGUCUCACACCUGUGCUCUUUAAACACAGAGACCUGCCAAGACGCCCUCUCGUCCAACUAUGCCCACGCUGAAGUCCUCACCCUCUCUUAAGGCGGCACCAACGUGAGAAAGACAGGCAGACAGACAGGAAGCCAGAGGCUUAGGGAAACUCUGGAACCCAGGCACGAAUCUUUUGCUGGGAAAAAGACUCAGAUAUCCUUGUUUGCACAGACCUGGUGGAAAAACCUCCCAUGCGACUCUCGGGCCCCAGAGCCAUCUGGGUCUGAUGCUCUGUUCUACUGUACAUUGAAGAGACAUAUAUGCACAUAUAGUAUCUAUAUUCAUACGUACUAUAUACUCUCGUGUGUAGUGCACGUGCUACUGGUGGUCUCUCUUCGUUGUUAGGCUAUGUCUCCCAAGUUUUCUUCCCACCCUGUGUCCUCUCCCCUCUUCCUUCAUGGAUUGUUCCUUCUGACCGUGUUGUAUGGAAUGUCCCAGGGAAAGUAGUGGGCCUGGCACCUGCCCCUCCAGCUGGGUGGUCCCAGGCUGCUCUCAGUUGGGGGUGUUUCCCCUGCCAGCAGGUGGCCUGUUGAAGUCUGCUAAGGCAAGAUUGCGCUCCAGGGUCACUGCUUCACUAGCCCAACCCCACCCCAGAUUGGGGUUCUACCUCCCACCCCACACUGGGGGCACUUCCAGGGGCUCUUCUGUAGCCUCUGUAGCUCCUUCCAGCACCCCCAUCUGUGCCCUUGACAGAGGGGAGUUUUAUUUCUUUUGUGUGAGUCUCCUUUGUCCGUUUGUUUUCAAAGAUGCUGCUGGGCAGAUGGAAGGGGAUCUGUUUGCCCAUCUGGCUCAGGGGUCUGAGAAGGGGACACCUUGGGCGAGAGGAGACCAGUCGCAAUACUGUACUUCCUGGCCGGCGGCCAGAGGAUGCGUGCAAUAGCAAAGGC